GUGUGUGUUUUUCAGGAGGAAUAGCUAUGGAGUCGUCAAAAUUUAGCUUUGGAACAUCUCUUAAAGUGCCAAACGUUCAGGAGUUGGCGAAAGAGCAAAAGAUCACUGUCCCAGCUCGUUACGUGCGUCCUGAUCAAGACCCUACAAUUACUGUCGAUCCAAUUAUAUCGCUGUUGGAGAUUCCUAUCAUUGAUAUGGAGAAGCUGCUUCUCGGAGAAUCCGUGGCCUUUGAAUUGGAGAGAUUGCAUUCUGCUUGCAAAGACUGGGGAUUUUUUCAGUUGGUAAAUCAUGGAGUUAGCCCUACCUUAAUAGAGAAAAUGGAGUUGGAGAUUCAAGAAUUCUUUAAGUUACCUUUGGAAGAGAAAAAGAAAUACUGUCAGACGGAAGGAGAAGUUGAGGGAUAUGGGCAGGCUUUCGUUGUAUCAGAAAACCAGAAACUUGAUUGGGGUGACAUGUUCUUCUUGACGACCCUCCCACCUCAUUUAAGGAAGCCCCAUCUUUUUGACGAGCUUCCCCCAUCCUUCAGAGAGACAUUGGGUGCCUAUGCAAUGGAGUUGCAAAAGCUGGCUAUGGCCAUAUUGGGAUUCAUGGCUAGAGCUCUUGGGAUGAAGGCAGAGGAGAUGAAAGAACUGUUUGAAGAAGGUCUCCAGUCAAUUAGGACAAAUUACUACCCAACAUGCCCUCAACCAGAAUCGGUAAUUGGCCUUUCACCUCACUCAGAUGCUUCGGGCCUUACCAUUCUUCGUCAAGUCAGUGAAAUCGAAGGCCUUCAGAUCAAGAAAGAUGGGAUGUGGAUUCCUGUUAAGCCACUCCCUAAUUCCUUUACAAUCAACAUUGGAGACGUUUUGGAGAUAGUUAGCAAUGGCAUGUACCGUAGCAUCGAGCACAGGGCAACAGUAAACUCGAUGCAUGAGAGGCUGUCGAUAGCUGCAUUCCACAAUCCCAAAUUAACAGGAGAGAUCGGCCCUGCUCCCAGUUUGAUCAGCCCACAAACCCCACCACAGUUCAGACGUGUUAGUGUGGAAAAGUACUUGAAGGAACUCUUUACUAGGAAACUCGAAGGCAAGGCGUAUGUUGACUACUUGAGGAUAGACUCUGGAGAAGGCAAUGCUAGUAGUAACUGAGGGUAUUACCUAUACAUAAAAUCGCCAGAUGCAAUACAAACAAUGCACAUUUAAGUUCACCUAGAUGAACUUGAAUGCACUUGGAUGGGCUUGAACUUAAUGCUCUUGGCACGUUACGCUUAAGGUAUAAAGCUUUGUAUUGGAUCUGUGCUCUCCAUAGAUCAGGCAAUAAACAACGUGUUAUGUCAUAAAUAAAUAUUGCUUAUAUGUUGUUAUCAGGUGUUUUAUUGAAGCUCUGAUGAGUUAAUGUACCUCAUAUUUCAUUUA